UACUAUAACAUGGGAGGAAUGCCGUCCAGGAGCCUGACAGAUGAUAUCUGUGCUGUCUGUGGCCAGAAGAUCCUAGUAGACGUGGAUGAGGAGGGGAUCAUAGAAGAUACCUACCAACUGUCCUGUAACCACAUAUUCCACGAGUUCUGUAUCCGUGGCUGGUGCAUUGUGGGUAAGAAGCAGACGUGUCCGUACUGCAACGAGAAGGUCGACUUGAAGAGGAUGAUGAACAAUCCCUGGGAGAGAACACAUGUCCUGUACGGACAGCUCUUGGAUUGGCUGAGAUACCUUGUUGCCUGGCAACCCAUCAUCAUCGGAAUAGUCCACGGAAUCAACUUCACCCUGGGGCUGGAGUAGUAGAACUCUGGGAUGAUGAUCGCCUUGCAGAACUCCCUCCCCGGAAUUCCCUCACCGGAAUUCCCUCCCCGGAAUUCCCUCCCCGGAACUCCCUCCCCGGA